ACUGUUACGGAUGCUGAGUAAUCACGUUCCAUCAAUGAUCACACACACUUCUUUGUUUAAUUGUAACCGUGUGGUGAUCGCAAAAAUGGCAUCAACAGUAAGCUUCAAAUCAACUGUUGCUGUUAUUAGCAGAGUUCCUAAAUUAACAUCACAUUUAAUGAAAGUAUUGCCGUCCGUUGAAUUUCGGAAUAUACAGCUUGGUCUUCCUGAUGAUUCUUUGAAACAACUACAAGAGUCGGAAGUGAUCAUAGCUGAUUACAAUUUAAUAGCUCCUUAUUUGUACUGUUUACCAAAGGCCCGUUGGGUACAAGGAACAUGGGCUGGUGCAGAACCCAUAUUCAAGGCUUAUGACGCCUCUAAGCCCCCUCUGCCGUUUGUGAUUUCACGUUUUUCAGGGGAAUCGUUUGGAGCACAGAUGGCAGAGUAUGUUGUUGCAGCAGUUGUAAAUCGUGAGAGACGUUUCCCAUAUUUCAGAGAAUGUCAGCGCUCUCAUUUUUGGGAUAAAAAUGAUAUGUUUGUGUUAGAUCGCAGCAUUCAGGAUCUCACAUUCACCGUUCUGGGAUUGGGCAAUAUUGGUGAUAGAGUGGCCUCAGUGCUGCAUGCUCUUGGAGCAAGUGUAUGGGGAGUUGGGCGCAGUGAAAGAAAUACACUUCCACCAUAUGUACAUCAGUACAGGACGCUGGCCGGGCUGCGAGAGGCGCUGGCGGCGGCCGACUACGUGGUGAACGUGCUGCCGGGCACGUCGGGCACCGAGGGACUGCUGGGCGGCGGCGUGCUGGAGGCGUGCGCCGCGCGCCGCGCCGUGCUGGUGAACGUGGGGCGCGGCAGCAUCGUGUCGGAGGGCGACCUGCUGGAGGCGCUGCGCCGCGGCUGGCUGGGCGGCGCCGUGCUGGACGUGGACAUAACUCCUCACAUAGCAGGUUACACCCGACCUCAAGAUGUAGCGUCCUUCUUUUGUAUUAACUUGGCCCGCUAUAUUGCAAAGCAACCAUUGUUAAUGCCAUUAGAUCUUGAGCGCCGUUACUGACUUUUUGUACAUAGUAGUAUCAUUUGGUAGUUGCAAAUUAUUGGUUUUAUUUAAUGUAUUAAUUAAAUGCUCAAAAACUUGUAUCAUACUUAUACAUCUCAUCAACAUAUCAGAUGAAUGGCAAAGCAGCACCCUACACAAAAGGAUAGACUUCUUGCAGUGCUUCAUUGCAUAUCUUGUCCUCAUUCCGACCCUUAGAGCCUCACAAGGGGUUAAUCCCACGUCCUUGUAAUAGCUCUUUCCCAGUGAUCAAAGAAAAUCUCCAACUAUAGAAGAUUUAGAGAUGGUGUGUAUUGUGUUAGUUAUCUUAAUGAGAGUGAGCUAGUAAUAGGCAUGGUCAAACUAUCACAAUAUUAGUGUAAUCAUCUAAAUAAUCAUUCAUUUUGUAAUUGACCUGAAUUACUAAGUAAAGUUCUCUGUCCUUGGACACCAUCAACCCAGUGGAAAUGUAACACUGAAAUGUUACAAAAAGGGGAAGAAUAAAAAUAAAUUAUAAAACUUUUUAGGGUAAUGACUUGUAUUUUAUGUAAUCAUUUCUUAUUUACUUCAAAAAUGAAUUUAAGUACAAUUGUUCUUCCAGUAUUAAGCAAAUUUCUGGUUCUUCAGAGGAUAUUUCAGGUUUUCAAUCGUAACUCUCAGAAAGUAUUUUUCCUGUUUCCUAAAAUGUUUUGUGAUGUUCCUUCCUUUUCUCUGGAAAACAAUAUUGAAUGACACUCAAGAAAAAUAACUGAAACCAAACUCUUUAAUGGCACUCUCCAUUUCUGACUGAAUAGUUAAUUUUCCAUAGUUUUCAUAGACAGUGUUGAAAACGAAUACUGAUUACCAUACUGCUGUAGAUUAAAUUAUAUUUGGAGGAAAUUACACUUAACCUUUUUUCUGAAUUAACCUGGAAUCCAACAGAGAUAAUAUUGUCACUUGGAGAACCUCUGAAAUAGGAGGAAUAAGUUUAUUUUUUUAACAAUAUUUGGCCGAUUUCAUUUCCAUUUAGAUUUUAUGAUCUAAUCUUUGUAAUCAAAAGUGGAAAAAUGAUUGAGAAACCCACACAAAUGUGUGAAUGUUUAUAAAUGCCAAAACAAAUACAGAAAUUAAAAAUAGAUUUUAUCUAGCACUACCAGAUUCACUUAACUUUUUACCAUCUUUGUGUAACAUUUGAAGUUGUAGUCAUUUUUACACUAUUGUUUCGAAAUUUUUUUAGGGGAGAUGAACGUGUUCAAAUGCAAUAAUAAAAUUAAAUAAUUUC